GGCUGAAGCAUUGGACCUCGAGCGUCUCCCCCCCCGACACUUUCUGUGGAAUUUGAAUUAUUCUGGCCACUGCAACGGUUCGUGAUACACCGGCGACGACGUUUAAGCGGGCAUCUUCUGGGUCGCAGGGAGCUCAGCGAUGAAUAAGCUACGGCAGAGCUUCCGCCGGAAGAAAGACGUCUACGUCCCGGAGUCGAGUCGGCCGCACCAGUGGCAGACGGACGAGGAGGCGGUCCGCAGCGGCAAAUGUAGCUUUGCAGUCAAGUACCUGGGACAUGUGGAGGUGGAGGAGUCCCGAGGCAUGCACAUCUGCGAGGAUGCAGUGAAGCGGCUGAAAACGGACAGGAAAUUCUUCAAAGGAUUCUUUGCAAAAGCCGGGAAGAAGCCGGUGCGGGCCGUGCUGUGGGUGUCGGCAGAUGGUCUCCGUGUUGUAGACGACAAAACAAAGGACCUGAUUCUGGACCAGACAAUAGAGAAGGUGUCGUUCUGCGCUCCGGACCGAAACUUUGAGAGAGCGUUCUCGUACAUCUGCAGGGACGGCACCACGCGACGCUGGAUCUGCCAUUGUUUCAUGGCCAUCAAAGACUCAGGAGAGCGUCUCAGUCAUGCUGUGGGUUGUGCAUUCGCCGCCUGUCUGGAGCGAAAACAGAAACGGGAGAAGGAGUGCGGGGUCACGGCAACGUUUGACGCCAACAGAACCACUUUCACCCGCGAGGGCUCAUUUCGCGUUACUACGGCAACAGAGGCAGCAGAGCGGGAGGAAGUCAUGAGGCAGCUACAGGAUGCUAAAAAAGCAGAGACAGACGUGAUCAUCGCCGGGAACUCUAAUGUGACAAACUCCUCAGCACACCAGACAGGAGGAGGUUCACCAUCCCCCACGUCCUCCCCGCCUCUCUCCAUGUCCGCCCUGGGACCCCAGGCGAUACCGCGCAGACACGCACCGGCCGACGUUAUCGCCAGGCAGGGCUCCUUCAGAGGAUUCCCGGCCCUCAGUCAGAAGACUUCUCCCUUCAAACGACAGCUGUCGCUGCGCAUGAACGAGCUGCCCUCCACCAUGCAGCGCAAGUCUGACUUCCCCAUCAAGAACACAGUCCCUGAGGUAGAAGGAGAAGGAGACAGCAUCAGUUCGCUGUGCACUCAGAUCACCUCGGCGUUCAGCGGACCCCCAGAGGACCCCUUCUCCUCAGCACCAAUGCCCAAACCGGCUUCAUCCCCACAGUCUCCUGUAGCACCAGUGAACGGCACAGCUCCUGCCUUCUCUGUUCCUGCUGCUGCUGCUGCUGCUGCUGUCACUGCUAACCCUCCAGUUAUGCCGCCCGCUCUGCCUGCUCGAGACACUAACCCCUGGGCUAAGACCCCAGCAGGGGCCCCGGCCUCAGCACAGCCAGGAAGUAACUGGUCAUCUCCUACUCCAGUGAUUGUGGUCCCCCCCACAUCGUCCCCGGCCAUGCCCUCCCACAAACGCACCCCAUCAGAAGCAGACCGGUGGUUAGAAGAAGUCACCAAGUCUGUCCGAGCCCCACAGCCUAAUCCAAUCAUAGCAGCUGCCGCCUCCCAGCCCUUCGCCACCCCCGUGCCCGCCUCCCAGCCCUUCGCUGCCCCCGUGCCCGCCUCCCAGCCCUUCACUGCCCCCGUGCCCGCCUCCCAGCCCUUCACUGCCCCCGUGCCCAUCCCCGUGGCGCCCUCCAUUCCCCCGGUGGGCUUCAUGUCCUCUCUGCCCUCUGCCGUGCCCAUGUUGCCCCCUCGCCAGCCUGCCUUCCACGCUCAGGCUCCGUCCUCUUACCCGAUGCCGAACGGGCUGCCGUUCCCUCAGCCCAGCGUGCCUGUGGUGGGCAUCACUCCUUCACAGAUGGUGGCUAACGUGUUUGGUUCAGCCACGCAACCCCAGGCAUUCCCCGUCCAGGUCUCCACAACACCCCAGCAUGAUGCCCAGGUUGUCGGCAACGUCAGUCCGUUCAUCAAACCCCCACAGCCCACCGCAGUGAACCCUGCUCCCCUCCAGCCAUCCAACGGUAGUGUGACCUUCAACGGGGCCGACAACUGGGCGGCUCAAUCCCAACUCGCUCCAUCCUCCCCGGCCACCCAGCCGCCCCUUCAGCCGCAGGAAGAUGCCUUUGAGGCCCAGUGGGCAGCUCUGGAGGGCCGCUCGCGCCAGCGCACCACACCCUCCCCGACAAAUCCCUUCUCCACCGAGCUGCACAAGACCUUUGAGAUCCAGCUCUGAAGACUGUUGGAUUGACUGGACAAAAAAGGAGGUGUUAGUUGAGGGAGCAGAUGGGUGAUGGACUGCAGACGAGGGGAACGUCCUCCUGUCUCUCUUUGUCUCAGUUUCAGUGGACAAGCUCAGCGGGGCCGAUAUUAACUGGGAGACGGUGGAGAGCGCCGGGUGAGUGAGCGGGGGGCAGGACUCUGCACAGCAGCGAGGGGAGAAGAAAAAAAAACACAAAGCAGGCUGUUAACAAGCUCACAGCUCCCCAGGCCUUUCAUUAGCACUGUCUGUAUUGUUUUGUUUGUGCUGUGGAGCGCGAGGUCAUCAUAAACCCUGUGGAAUAUCUGCCGAGCCACACCCAGCCCCCUUCCAGUCAGCCCCCUAACACCACCCACCCAGGUGUGGUGGCUCCACGUCCCCCCGCCCCCUCCGCCUGCCUGCCUUUGCUCGGUCUAGCUCCUGGCGCCCCCUGUUGACGAGGACGAGUCCUCCCUCACCUGGCAGAAGAACUGCAGCACUGAGAGAACUCCGCUUCCAGAUGAGAAGUUAAUAACUUCCCAAUCAGAAGAAUAGAGUGAGACAAUGCCAAAAUCUUUAUUUUUAUGCAUUAAGUAUAUUUUAAAUAGCUUUGGAAUCUAACAGAAGAGUUGUAAGUAAUCGUGCCAAAGGCACAGGCUAGCUACAAGACAAGAAACAAGUUCACGUUUGUGUAUACAAGAAAUGACCGUAUAUAUUAUACAUAAAUAUAUAUAUCUAUAAAGAAUCUAUACUGUACACACAGCUCACAGCAGUGCUAAUUUUUAAUGUGAUGUAAAGAGAUUUUGUGAAGGGACAGCUGCUUUACUUUGUGUUUGUUUUAUUGUUUUUUGAAGAAAAAAAAUCUCUUUAUUUCCGUCUGUUGCAUCCCGUGAUCGGAUGCGGAGCAUCUCACUGUAAAUAGGGUAUCAUUGCAGCAACAAUCAAUGUGGACCUAGCAACGGUGGUGGUGCCCAACUGGUUGCCUCUCUUACCUGUGCUUAAUUAUUAUUAUUUUUUUUUAUAGUUUAGUACUCAUCAGUACUUAACAUUUGACUUCUUCUGUCUUCAUCGUCAUUCUUCUUUCGUUUGGUAACGGUCUUGUUUUUUUUAAUUAACACAGUCGGACGAGUCGUCUCCUGUUUCUCCACCUCUUUCGUUUUUUUAUUUUAAUUUCAAGUAGUCGAUUUCUUACAUUUUUAUUUUGCACAAGCACUAAAAAAAAUAGUUGAUUUGACCCCACAGGUGACCUUGAUCGGCGUGGGUUUAGUCAGUUUGUGGUGCUGCAGCGUGGCCGCGUGCUGACCUGCCCUGACCUCCGUUAGCAGAAAACUACAGGGAGAUUUAAAAAAACGGUUUCAUCUCUCACUGUCUGAUUUCUCUCUGUCUUGUUUUUAUUUUAUUUUUUAAAUCAAACCUGUGAAUAUGAUCUGUUAACUGAUCUAUUUUUCCAUUUUGUAAUUAUUUCAUUACUUUAUUCCACUUCUUCGGAGAAAUAUUGAAGCUAAAAGAUUGAAUAAACGGAUGGUGGUAGA